CAGUCACUACCUAGGGUUCAUCUUGCCUCGUCUCUGCAGCUGCUGCUGAUGCUUUUAUUUUUUUAACACGAUCCAAAGUCAAGUGUAGUUUCCACGGAGCCGCUGGAGCUGCUGUAGCCGAGGAGGAGCUCAGUGUGUCGGACACACGGAGCCGCCGGAGCCGCUGGUUUGUGCCAUGUUCUUCUGACCGCGCUGGGAUCCUGGAUGAAGACACACCUGCAGCAGACGUCCAGCCUGGACACCAUGAACGGAUAUGAAGUUCCAGCUUCGUCCUCGGGCGUCUUCACCUCCUACUCCUCUCACAUCAAUGGUUACGACUCUUCAUCUCCUCAUCCUCCUCUUCCUCCUGCAAACAAGACCAAGACCAAGACCAGUGCCAAAGCUCUCUACGAACAAAGGAAACACUUCACCAAGACCAGCAUCAACAGCCUCACGGACACGUCCCAGUACCAUGUGGAGCACCUCUCCACGUUCGUGUUGGACCGUAAAGACGGGAUGAUCACGGUGGAGGACGGGAUCAGACGUCUCCGUCUGCUGGACGCUAAAGGGAAGAUCUGGACUCAGGAGGUCCUGCUGCAGGUGGAGGAGAAGAUGGUGAGCCUGAUCGACCAGGAGAGUAAGAACGAGUUGGAGAACUUCCCCAUCGGGUCGAUCCAGCUCUGCCAGGCUGUGAUGAACGCCUGCAACUACGACUCCAUCUUGGCUCUGGUCUGUAAAGACUCGGGUCAGAACAAACCAGACCUGCACCUGUUCCAGUGUGACGACAUCAAGGCGACUCUGAUCCAGGCCGAUAUAGAAAGUGCCAUGAGUGAUGCCAAAGGAGGGAAGGUGAAGAAGAGGCCGGAGGCUCUGAGGAUGAUCCUGAAGAGUGACACCGUCAUCCCCCCGCCCCCCGCCGACCCCGCCCCCUUGCCUCCGUCGUCAUCUCCGUCCAAUCAGAUGGACCCUAAGGGCCGCGUGGCCGCUUGGUCGGCCUGGACCAAUGAGCAGCCAGACUACGAGCAGCCGUUCUGGGAGGACGAGGGUCCGGUGGAGAUGACGUCGGCCCGGGUGGACCGGGAGGUGCAAAUCCUGAACCACAUCCUGGACGACAUCGAGUUCUUUGUCACCAAACUCCAGAAGGCGUCGGAGGCUCUGAACGAACUGUCCCGCAGGAACAAGGCCAAGAAAGGGAAGAGGAAAGGUCCCGGAGAGGGCGUCCUGACGCUGAGAUCCAGACCCCCGGCCCAGGACGAGUUCAUCGACUGUCUGCAGAAGUUCAAACACGCCUUCAACCAGCUGGGGAAGCUGAAGGACCACAUCCAGAACCCCAGCGCCCUGGAUCUGGUUCACUUCCUGUUCAGUCCUCUCAGGCUGGUGAUCGAGUCUGCCAGCGUGGACGUGGCCCGGAGCGUCGUGGUUCCUCUUCUGACCAGAGACGCCAUCGAAUUCCUCCACGCCUCGGGGACGGCGGAGGAGAGACACCUGUGGGUGUCCCUGGGAGACGGCUGGACCAAGUCCAGGCUGGAGUGGCCGAAGGAUCACUACUUCCCUUCCUGUGUUCUCCGGUUCCGUGACGGCUGGGUUCCUCCAGAGCUGGACCAGGACGUGACCCGUUCUUCUGAGAGUCUCGCCGGUUCCGAGGACCUGAGGCUGAGGCUGGAGGACGAGGUGGCGCUGCAGAGGUUCCUCCCCCCUGAUGGGUACGCGCUCUCCAACUCCUCCUACAAGAACCUUCAGAUCCUGGAUCAGGACUCCCUGGCUGCUUUCAAACAGGCUGUGGGCCGGCGUUUAGACCGAGGUUUUGACACCGACGCCAGGAUCCCACAGAAAAUGUUUGCCAAAUCUAAAUAUGACUUUGUGGCGAGGAACAACACGGAGCUGUCGGUCCUCAAAGACGAGGUGGUCGAGGUUCUGGAUGACAGGAAGCAGUGGUGGAAGGUCCGUAACGGCGCCGGGGCGUUGGGCUACGUGCCAAACAACAUCCUGGAGAUCACCAGGGCGGUGGACAUGACGGGCCGAGGGGAACCCAUCUACAGCCACACCAUCCAGCUCAUGAUGCCAAAGAAGGAGUUUGAGUUGUUUAAGCAGUUACUGGGAGAGUUGAACGAGAAACAGACCACGCGGCCGGACUUCCUGCCCACUAGACCCACGGUGACUCCGAUGCCCCCGGCGCCCACCCAGCCCCCACCCAGGCCUCCACCCAAGGCCCCCCUGCCCACCACCAGGCUCCCCACGCCGCCCCAGCCUCCUCCAGCCGAGGAGCCGUCCAAGCCCGCCGUGUUCAGCCGGGAGGCCACGCCCACCGAGGCCGCCGGCGUCUCCAUGAGGGAGCACGGCCCCCAGAGACCAGACGCCAUCAGGAGGAAGUCCAACAUGGACGAGGUCCAGGACGAGCUGCUGCAUCGUCUGACUCUGGGUCGCAGCGCUCACAAGAAGUUCCAGCCUCCGUCUCGUAGCAGCAGCCUCUCGUCCAUCAACAUCACCUACGACUCGUCUCCGGACCAGGUCAAAGCCUGGCUGGAGGCCAAGGGCUUCAGCCCCGUGACCAUCACCAGCCUGGGCGUCCUCACCGGAGCUCAGCUGUUCUCCCUCAACAAGGAGGAGCUGAAGACGGUUUGUCCUGACGACGGAGCUCGAGUCUUCAGUCAGGUGACGGUUCAGAAAGCAGCGCUGGAGAAGAGUGCAGGCUCUGAGCUCCAGGAGAUCAUGAGGAGGCGGCAGGAGAAACUGGCAGUCAGCACCUGUGAUUCAGGGGUGGAGUCUUUUGAUGAAGGCAGCACCCACUGAGCUCCUCCUCCUCCUCCUCCUCCUCCUCCUCCUGCACCACCUCCUCCUCCUCCUCCACCUCCUCCUCCUGCACCACCUCCUCCUCCUCCUCUUCCUCCUCCUCCUUGUUGCUUUCUCUCCUUUCAAUCUGGAUCCUGCUCCUUCUUCUCAGGCGGAGGCUGAUCGUGCUGAGUUUGUGGAGAUCAUGAGACGUCGGCAGGAACUCCUCAGCUCACCUCCAUGAACCGACCGGACCGGACGGCCAGAACUCUGAGGGAACUCUGAGGGAACUGAAGGAACUCUGAGGGAACUUUGAGAGAACAUCUUUCUCUCAGAAUUAACGUUAGAGCUUCAGAGUCUCAGGUUUUUCUCGUCUUGUUCGUUCAGAGUCGAUGUUUCCUGACAUUUGAGCGUUAGGAUUAGAGCUGCAGAUCCACGCUCUAGUUCCUGGUUCCUGGUUCCUGGUUCCUGUCUCUGACUGAACGAGGUGAAAACCAUCGAGACACAGACGAGUUCCAGUAGAAGAGACGUUAACAGAGGUUUAUUUUAGUUUAGUUCGUCUUAAGAAGAAUAAUUAGUAUAAAUAUGAAUCAUUCAACUCAAUCGUCUGUGAUUUGUUAAUUAAAGUAGAAACGUUCAUCUGGUCCAAUCAGUUCAGACUUAUAGUCAGGCCCCGCCCACAGCAGCUCCCAUUGGUCGCCCUCACCACUGACUGCGUUACCAUGGAAACCGUCCACUGAAAGCUCCUCCUUCUGAGGAUUUCUGAUCCUUGAGACGCGUUGAUGAGACAAAUGUUUUUUUACUUCUACCUCGUCAGUCGCUGCCAUUUUCCUCGUCCUCAGGAAUUUAUUGAUCUGCUCCAAACAAAACAAAAGUGAACAAAUUUCCUUUUUGUUAUUAUUGUUGUUAUUUUUUUACAUUUUCCUGUUUCGUUCUGAAGUUUCAAACCUGAGCUACCGAAUGAAUGAAUGAAGUAAUGAGGAUAAAAUGAUGCUGAUGUCUGAUUGGUUCAUGCUGGUCAUGAGCUCAGACUCGUGAUGGAUGAUUAUGUUGGUGAUUAUGAUGUGUUUUCUAUAUAGUCCCAUGAUGAGCCGGUAGAGGAGGUGAGGAGGUCUGAUCAUGUCUGGAGACGAUCAGUGAUCGAUUGGCUCUGACUGACCUUUGACCUGUAGCUCACACUGAUGAUGAUGCUGCUCUGUGUCGUCUUCAUCGUGCCUUUUCCAUUUAAAUCUGCUCAUUCUGCAAUAAAAUGUCUGAAAAUCA